AUGGUUGUUGCUGGAGGCUACGGAAAUGGCCAUUCCUUUUAUCAACUCUGCUUUCCUCAUGGUCUCUGCAUUGAUGAUAAUCAAAUGAUGGUCAUGGCUGAUAAUGGCAACGAUCGUAUUACCCAAUGGCGGGUGGGUGAUAAAUAUGGAAAAGCUGUAGCUGGUGACCGUGGUCCAGGAAAUCGGUUGGAUCAAUUAAAUAAACCAACCGAUGUGCUGAUCGAUAAAGAGACUGAUAGUCUCCUUAUUUGUGAUGGCGAUAAUAGACGACUUCUACGAUGGUCUCUUCGCAGUGGCACAACUCAAGGAGAAAUUCUUCUCGACCGUGUCCACUGUUAUGGAUUGGCUAUGGACGAUCAGAGAUAUCUUUAUGUCUCUGACACUAAAUACAACGAAGUUAGACGAUAUCGAUCUGGGGAUAAGAAAGGAAUUGUCGUGGCAGGUGGCAAUGGCAAAGGUAGUGGUCUCAAUCAACUCAACACUCCAACCUACAUUUUUGUCGAUCACCAACAAGCUGUCUACGUGUCGGAACGUCACAAUCAUCGUGUGACGAAAUGGAAUAAAGGUGCAACAGAAGGGAUUGUUGUUGCUGGAGGUCAAGGUCGUGGGCAAGAUUUGACACAAUUGUCGCAACCUGAAGGACUGUUCGUCGAUACGUUGGGUACUGUCUAUGUGAUAGAUUCAUUUAAUCAUCGAGUAGUUCGCUGGUCUGAAGGUGCACAACACGCUACUGUCGUUGUUGGUGGAAAUGGUCGAGGACAAGGAGCAAAUCAAUUCAAUAGUCCCAUGGAACAUUCUGAUUUAUCAUUAGAAUGA